AUGGAGAGCUGCAAUGGGAAUGGUUCGUUCGAGUUCUGCACGUCAAAUCAUCAUGACCCAUUGAACUGGGGCAUGGCGGCGGAGUCACUGAAAGGGAGCCACCUGGACGAGGUGAAGCGUAUGGUUGACGAGUCGAGAAAACCAGUGGUGAGACUCGGGGGUGAGACGCUGACGAUCGCGCAGGUGGUGGCGGUUGCAGCCGGCGGAGGAAGCCAGGUGGUGGAUCCAGUUGGUGGUGUGAAGGUGGAGCUGUCGGAGGCGUCGAGGGCCGGCGUUAAGGCUAGCAGCGACUGGGUCAUGAACAGCAUGAACAAUGGAACUGACAGCUACGGUGUCACCACUGGUUUUGGUGCAACGUCACACAGGAGGACCAAAAAUGGAGCUGCCCUCCAAAAGGAACUCAUAAG